CUUCUUCGGUAUUUCUAUUUUAUCGCCUUCCUAUUUCUUCAAUCCAAAAGAAUUUGGGCCUAAAUGUAAUUAAUUCAAAGAUUGAAAAAGCGUUUGGUUUUCUAGUUUUACUGUUCAAAACCUGAUCAAAAUCCCAAAAUGCGUUUGGUUUUUGCAGUAUUGUUGAAGCCAAUUGGGAUUUUGAGUUUUGCAGUAGGGUUGGAGAUGCCCUAACUUCAAAAAUCUUCUACUUGUCCUCUAUCUGGUUCGAUCCACUACACGGAAGACGAGAAUUUGAAGGAACAGUUCAAGUUUGUGCGAUAUUGUUGCUCAGCGCGGUUCGUUCGAUCCGCAAAAGAUUUCUAGCAGUAACUUGUAUUGCAAAAUCAUUCGAGGUCGGGAUUUUUGUGAAGGAUGGCCAAGGAUGAAUCACUGACAGUGAAGGAUGCAGUUCAUAAGCUUCAACUCUUCCUUCUCGAUGGAAUCAAAGACGACAACCAGCUAUUAGCUGCUGGUUCAGUGAUAUCCCGAGAUGAUUACAACGAUGUAGUCACCGAGCGCACGAUAGCUGAAAUGUGCGGUUACCCGCUCUGCGCCAACCCAUUGCCAUCCGAGCGGCCGCACAAGGGGCGUUACCGCAUCUCACUCAAGGAGCAUAAAGUCUACGACCUUCAAGAGACAUACAUGUAUUGCUCGAGUAAUUGUUUGAUCAACAGUCGAGCGUUUGCUGCAAAUUUGCAGGAAGAGAGGUCCUCGGCACUGAACCCUGCAAAAUUGAACCGAAUUCUUAAGCUAUUUGAAAGCUUGAGUUCGGAAACUGCGGUGGAUAUGGGCAAGAACGGAGACUUAGGGUUUUCCGAGUUGAAGAUUCAGGAGAAAACAGAUAGGGAAGCAGGGAAUCGAUCUCUGGAGGAGUGGAUUGGUCCGUCAAAUGCGAUUGAUGGCUAUGUGCCACGGAGUGACAAAAACCUGGACUCCCAUCAAUCGCACAACGACAGAAAAGGUGGGAAGCAGGGAAAAGGGCCUAAACAUCGGCUUUCUGAUCCAAAUGCGCAAGACAUUAUGUCCUUUGAAAUGAACUUCACAAGUACUAUUAUUACUCAAGAUGAGUAUAGCGUUUCCAAAGCUGCUCCGACAAUGAGGGCUAACGAAUCAAGAGGGAAAUUGAGAACUAAAACUGUAAAUUGUGACAAAAAGGAAAUUCAACCCCAAAAGUCUGAUAAAUGUAUGAAUGCAAAUGGAGCAGAUGACAAGGGUAAUGUAUCAGAGGAUAAUUCUAGUGCUGGCCGAAGUCAUGAUACCGGGGCUAGUAUUCUGAGGUCCUCUUUAAAGACUUCAGAUUCAAAGAAAUCGAUGCGCUAUGUUACCUGGGCUGACGAGAAGACUGAUUUUGAUGGGCAAAAUCUUGAAGAGUGUCAAGAAUCAAAAGGUGAAAAAGCAGCUCCAGUAACACCUCAGUCAGUGGUUGAGGAAGUCGGUGAGGAGGAGGAGUACAGAUUUUCAUCUGCUGAAGCCUGUGCGGAGGCUCUAAGCCAGGCUGCAGAAGCUGUUGCAUCAGGAAAAUCGGAUGCAUCUGAUGCUGUAUCUGAAGCGGGUGUAAUAAUAUUACCACCUCCUCAUGGAGUGGAUACUGCUAAAUCUGAAGAGAAUGCUGAUAUUAUCGACACAGACCCAGUGCAGUUAAAGUGGCCUCCUAAACCUGGAGUUUUAAGCUCUGAUUUGUUUGAUUCUGAGGAUUCUUGGUAUGAUAGUCCUCCGGAGGGGUUCAACUUGCAAUUGUCACCUUUUUCAACAAUGUUUAUGGCACUCUUUUCCUGGUUAUCAUCGUCCUCUCUAGCAUAUAUAUAUGGAAAGGAAGAGAGUUUCCAUGAGGAAUACAUGUCAGUCAAUGGGAGAGAGUAUCCUCACAAGAUUGUUCUGUCAGAUGGGCGCUCCUCCGAGAUUAAGCAUACUCUUGCUGGCUGCCUUGCUCGGGCCUUGCCCACUCUUGUGACUGAACUCAGGCUUCCUGUACCAGUUUCAACACUUGAGCAAGGACUGGGGCGCUUACUAGAUACAAUGUCUUUUAUCGAUCCAAUUCCUGCAUUUAGGAUGAAACAGUGGCAUGUUAUUGUCUUCUUGUUUCUAGAGGCUCUUUCUAUCAGUAGAAUUCCGUCUCUGACGCAAUACAUGUUGGGUAGAAGAAUUCUACUUCCCAAGGUCCUCGAGGGUGCACAGAUUAGUUCCGAAGAAUUUGAGAUAAUGAAGGAUCUGGUCAUUCCACUCGGCCGAGCACCUCAGUUCUCAACUCAGAGUGGAGGCUAAAUCAAGCAAUCAAAGAGCGUCGUCGCGCAGCAUAUGUUCGGAGCUCUUGUGAAGCAACACGAGUCGUAGACGGGCUGCGACUUCUUCCAUCUUCUAUGAGCUUUGCCUGCCAUUUAGCAAAUGCUUUUCAAGUUUGGUAAAAAAGUUCUGAAAUAUCGAUGAGUUUAUGAGUAUAUGAUAAACCUGAGUUUCAGCUACCAGCGAUUGUUGAAAUGCCUAUACCUAUAUAAUAGGUAGUUUGUGCAAGUCAAAUACAUGGUAUAUACCUGAUUUAUUUUUAAAUUUCUUUUUUCGAUCCUCUGUUUCAUCUUGGAUCCGUGAAAGCUUUUCUGAGUUCUUAAGAUAUUGCGUUGUUGCCAAUUGGCAAUUAGUGGACUUUUUUUUUUAAUUAUUAUUAUUUGUAUUUGUAUGUAUAAAUAAAUGCGAAUGGAAUUUUUAAUAUUUAGCCGAA